CACCAGUCGGUCCCAAGUCUUCUGUGUGUGCGCACGCGCAUUUGUGCCUCCUUGCCCCUGGGAUAUGGAGCACUGUUGGGAGAAUAUCAAGGAGAGCCGAUGGAAGGUGCUUGGAGGAGUGGUCGCCGUUCUGCUUGUGGUGGUCGCUGGCGCUACGGCCCAGCAGCAGCUAAGCGAUGGUUCCCUCGCAGUGAGUUUGCCUCUGGGUAAUAGGUCAUCACCACCCGGACCCUCGGAAUUCAUCGUGCUGCCUGAUUCUCCCGAAGAAUUAGAUAGUCCAGAAAAUAUUUUAGAUGACGACGUAUCUAGGGAAGUGCCAUUGCUGAUACCUCUUGGGCCUGUUGUGUCACUUAGUGCAAAUGGUGGUUUUGAACAAUUUCAUGGUGGCAUUGAGGUAGAUGACCUUUUGCCAGAAAUAGAUGACUUAACUUUAGAGCGAGAUAGCUUAGAAGUUGAUUUCUUACCCUUUGCACAACCUGAAUCUUUCUUCCCAACCAACAAUGGAUUUUCAUCAGGUGCAGAAGUUAUACAGCCUGUUGGUGUUCCUUUAAUAGCGACAGGGCCACAGACCCCUCCCAAUAUUGCAGACCCAACCCAGCAAAGCAGUGUUGUAGAAAUUAUUGGUUCUGGGGUUCCCCUUUCCAGUUCAGGUCCACAGGUCGUGAACAAUGGACUUGGGCAACUGCAAAACAUUGUCUUAACACCUGAUGACUAUCCAGUUGCCGAUGAAAAUGUUGGUGCAGUGGAAAGUUCUCAACCUGAUGGAACUGCUGCUCUGGAAGCAGCCCCAGAAAUUGUCAAUGAAGUCAUAACUACGCAACCAGAUGACACUGAAUCUGUCACCGAAGCUCUUUUUAUUGACAUAGGUGAUGGUGAGGAAGAAGUGUCUCAGGUCUUCCCUACUUCUCCUGCUGCUGAAGUGGAACAAGUAAUGGCUGAAUUAGCAGCAGCAGCCCCAGAGCAAAACCUUCCAAAUAACACUGUCGCACCAAGAGCAAUGAAUUUUGCUGAACCCAGUUUUGAUCCACUGCAAGAUGAUCCAGGUGUAGCCACAGAUAUACCAGAAGUAAUUUCUAUGACUGCCGAGGACAUGGCUGUUGUACCAGAGGUAAUAGCAGAAGAUGCCUUCACCGGCGAAGUAUAUCGAGAGGAUGUGCUUCCUGAGGACCCUGAGAUUUCCUUGGCAGACCUAGAGCAAUUCUUUGUAGCUGACGAUCCCCAGGCCGCGGCUGCAGAAGAAGAAUUAGGGAAAGACGUGAUACAGGUCAUUCAGCAACUUCCAGAGGACCAGCUGGAUAUUGCCCCACUCCUUGAUAUUCAACCUUACUCCCCAGAGGAAGACUCUGGUGUGAUCGAAGAGGCUCCUAUAACAGUAAUUGUUCCUGAUUUUGGAGAUGAUGUCUCAAUAAAUGAAGUUAUUGAAGGAACAGAGGGAGAGCUAGUACCCCUUGAAGAUGAACCUCUAAAUGAACCACCCGUUGUAGAUAUAAUUACAGAAUUACCUUUCAAUGAUGUGCCUGUAGAAGUUGUCCCAGAGGAUGCUGUGUUGACUGAGGUACCCAUUGAUGAGGCUCCUGUUGUGGUGGUCGCUGCGCCAGAAACUCCUGUUGAUGUUGCGCCAAGUGAUGUUGCUCCAGAAGUAAAUGAAGUUGUUGAUUAUGAUAUACCACUUGUUACUUCUGUUGAUGACCUUGUUCCAAUUAUGGGAGAUUUUGGGGAGAAAUUACCGGAUGAUGUGGAUAUAAGGGUCCCAGUCUUAGAAAGUGCACCUGCUCCAGCUCCAGCUCCAGAAGUUGAUCCUGUUAUGAUGUUUGAUCCAGCUCCUGUCGCAGAUCCUCCUCCUCCUCCCCCUCCUCCUGCUGAUACAGAUCCAGUUAUAUACCCAGAUUAUCCUGUUGACCCAGUAUAUGAUGAGUAUCCAGAAUAUGUCAUUCCUGUUGAGGAACUUAAUCCUGUUGUUGAGGAGACACCUCCAGUUACCAGUGAAGCACCAGCAUCAGAUACAGAUGUUUUCAAUGAAGAAGACAUAAUGAUGAUGAUGAACUUUGAUGCAGCGCCACUUGGAGGCGAUGAUCCUGUCAGUGUUCCUGCUCCUGACCCUAUCCCUGUUACAGAACCUGUCCCUGUUGCUGCCCCUGAAGCAUCACCUGCACAGAUACCUGACCCUGCUAUUCCUCCUGCUCCACCUGUGGAACCUGCACCUCCUGUAGAGGCUCCUGCCCCAGUAGUAGAAACUGCACCUCCUGUAGAAGCUCCUGCCCCAGUUGUAGAAGUUGCACCUCCUGUAGAAGUUCCUGCUCCAGUUGUAGAAGUUGCACCUCCUGUAGAAGUUCCUGCUCCAGCUGCAGACCCUGCACCUCCAGCAGAAAUGUAUGGUCCACCAAAACCUUCCAAUAUUUAUACACCUUAUAAGCCUACAACAAAGGUACCAUCCUACCAACCAACAGCUCCAAGCAGGCCUUAUAGACCAGCUACCUCACACUUCCAUUAUAAAGAACCAAAGCCAGAGCAUCAUAAGCCUAAUUAUGGACCCAGCCCCAUGUAUGGUGCCCCCACUCCUGCUUAUAAACCCCCACCUUACAAACCACCGUCAUAUCCACGACCUACACAGAAACCACCAAGUUAUGGUUAUCCACCAACCAAGCCAUCUCCUUAUGGCCACCCACAGACUCCAAAAUCUACUACUAUGAGCUAUGGUCCACCAUCAACUACACCACCAAGUCCUUACAAAUCCAGGCCUACAUACAUGAGUUAUAAGCCACCCCCACCAAGCUACAAGCCCCCACAAAUAUAUAAGGCUCCUACACCUGGAUAUAAGCCUCCUCCUCCAACAUACAAAGCACCUUCAUUAUCUUACAAGGCGCCACAACCAACAUAUAAAGCUCCUCCUCCAACAUACAAACCACCAUCACCAUCCUAUAAGCCACCUCAACCCACCUAUAAAGCUCCUCCACCUCCCUCAACCAAUAAUCCUCCUCCACCUCCAACCUAUAAACCUCCUCCACCUCCUCCAACCUAUAAACCUCCUCCACCAUCCUAUAAACCUCCUCCACCAUCCUAUAAGCCACCUCAACCAACCUAUAAACCUCCUCCACCCUCAACAACAGUAAAAACAGACAAACCAACAACGGCGGUCAAACCCAUUCUUGCCCCUCUGCUCAUUCCAGGCGAACCCUCUGGCAUUGUCCUUCCAGAGAAGCAAGGGAAAGGACCUUACAGCAUCUGGAAUAUUCCCUCUCCUGCUGACCGCCGACAGCGACUGCAGGUUCCUGAUAGCGUCGUCCAUCUCUUAAAUGCUCCCCAGCCAGAAUGGGUCUCUAGUUUAGAGCCUGAACGUUGAUGAGUUCCUCGCAAAACCAAGGAAUUCUAAGUUAGGUCUUCAAGUGAGCCGAAUGUUAUCCAGAAUUCUGUUUUCCCGUCUGUGGACUUCAUUCAUAUCAGGUUUAUUGUAAAUACGUGUAUAGGUACACAUCUAGUUGUAUGAACAGAUACAUUAACUGGCCUGAAUUCCGAAGAAACUAAGAUUAUCUUUGAUAAUUUAGAGUACGAGUUUUGUUUUUAACUUUUUUUUUUUUUUAGUUUCGUGUUGCCAUAGAUACUUCAGAGUUCGUGGACCAAAGUUUCUUUGAGAUAUAUUUUUUGUAUUACUGUAAUCUAAGUAAGGUUUUCAUGUAACAGCUAGGGAACACAAGCAGACACACCCACGUCCAAACACAUACAUUCACAUAGACAGACAGAUUUAUAUAU